AUGGAUUCCAACUGUACCGAAGAAUCCAUAAAUUCCACCGACGAUUUAACCGACGCCAACGCCGGCGCCGCCGCCGGCCGUUCCUACGACUGCGUCUUCUGCAAGAGAGGAUUCAACACAGCGCAGGCCCUCGGCGGACACAUGAAUAUCCACCGGAAAGAUCGAGCCAGGAAUAAACCUAAUUCCAGCAAGCACAUCAGGCUGCACCACCAGAUCACGGCGGCGCCGGCGGCGCCGCCGAUCGGCGCCGAUUAUCAGUUUGAAUCUCCGGAUCAAAAUCAGGUCUUCGCCUAUUCUUCGGGUAUUGGAUUAUCCUUAUGUGAUAAUUACAGUUACCAGCCGCAGCAGAUCAUGGCCGUUGAUUACAAUCAUCGCCGGCGGUCGGAUCAGUCGCCGGCGGAGGAUUGGUCGGCCCUGAGCUUGAGGUUUGUGGAGGAUUUGGAGAGGAAUAAUAGAAUUCAAGAAAUGAAUCAUAAGGAGUUGGAUUUGGAGCUUCGACUUGGCUAUGAUUAA